GUUGUAAAUGAGUUCAUUUAUUCCCUUUUAUGUAUUAAGUUUUACUUGGCUCCUGUUCUGCAAACCAUUUGUUCUGUCACUGUUAUUAAUUCUAUUUUUGACCGGAGGAGCCAACAUUUUUCCUCUUGGGCCAAAAGGCCUCAUUUGGAAAUGCCUGUACAGAACAUUAGUGUUCUUUCCAGUAUAAUCUUUUCAGAGGGUUACACGGGCAGCUUAGGUGUAUUUAUUGUCUCAGUCUCUCAGAGACCCUCACAGUUUGACUCUGAGUAAUCCCCUUCACUUAUAUAUGGCUGUGUGCUGCAGCCAUUUGGCGUUCACAACAUUCACAGCCAGUGGCCAGUUUAUUAGGUACACCUAGCUAAAACUAAUACAGUGUAAUACAUCAGUCCUGCAAUAAAUCUUACUUUCAUGAGGGCUAUAAUGUUCACACUGUUUUAGAGAGGUGCUGAUUCAACUUCAUGAUCAUCUGCAGUUUGGUGCUGUUGAAUUAUAUUCUCACGUGUUGCUAUUAUUUUGUCCACCCCAUUUAUAUCAGUGAAGGUAGGCUAGAUAACAUACAUCUCUCAGUAUAAUGCAAUAAUGUUCAACAGCGCCCAACUACAUCCUCCAAAGAGAUACUACAGUUGAACCAACAGCUCUCCAAAACAGAUGUAUUAGACAACAUUAGUUUUAGUUAGGUGUACCUAAUAAAAUGGCAAAUUAGUGUAUAUUACCAAAUGUUUAUGGAUCGCGAGCCUCGUCCACUGUCUGUACACAGACAGCCAAUUAGAAACAGAGGACACACUUCACUUAGCAUCAGUGAAAUCUCUCACCAGGAAUGUACAUAUACAAUGAGUGAAUAGUACGACUAAAACCACUGCCCUCUAGGCCUACUUGGCUCCCUAAGGGAGCAUACAGACUUGCUCAGCCAACUGCUGCGGCCAGGUGCCUGCACCAUGAAGAGGGCCAUUAGGCCAAUCAAUUUAGUUCUUCCAAGCAUUUAAGAGAUUGAUGUAUUUAAGGAUUUUAUUUGUGAAUUCUCACCCUAACACAGAGAAACUUUUUGAAACUGCCUCAAAUUGCUGGAAGUGUUUUAUAUUAAAUCUCUGGUUUAAAAAUGCGUUGUAAAUAUUGGUCUUUUUAGCCAUAUUAGAGACUUGGCUCUAGGGAUGGUAGUGUCUGUUGGUCCACCACUUUGGUCCAGAUUGAUGGCCAGGAUUGCCAUUAAAUUUGGUUCAAACAUUCAUGGUCCACAGAGGAUAAAUCACCAUGACUUUGGGGAUCCCUUGACCUCUAGUGCCACCAGCAAGUCAAAAUGAAAUAUCAAUAUCUACUAGAUGGAUUGGGACAUUUUGAACAGAUAUCCAUGGUUCUUGGACCAUAUGUUCUUAUAUCUUUGGUGAUUCCCUGACUCUUUUCUCUAGUGCCACCAUGAGGAUGAUAUGAGGUGGUGGUUUGGAGUGAAAUAUAUCAACUAUUUGUUGGAUUGCCAUCACAUUUUGGUCCCCAGAGAAAGUAUCCUUUUUGUGAUUUCCUGGUUUUUCACCUUGCACUACCAUCAGGUCAAAAUUUCAAUUUGUCUAAAAACCUGCAAAACCAAUGACAUUUUGCUGCCUCAAGUGUACUGUAUAUUUAGUGCUAAUUAGCAAAUGUUAGCAUGUUAACACUUAACUAAGGUGGUGAACAUGUUAAGCAUUAUAUGAGCUUAAUUUCAGUAUGUUAGCAUGCUAAUGUUGUUGGUAACAUCAUAUAAAGCCUAUUUUGAGUAACAUAAUGUCCUAAAUACAUCAUCUUUACACCACGGAUAAUAAGGAUAAUGAUGUGAUGUAAUAUUAAUUUAUUGUCAAUAUUUAUUUAUGUCAAUUUAAUUACUUAACCUUUAGUUUGUUGCUUGUAAUGCAGCUACCUAAAGAUCAGAAGAGGAAGGUUUCCCUUUUAAAAACAGGAUAAACACCACAAGAAGACUUUGGGGUUAAAGGUCGACUCCAGAUUAAGCCCAUGACUCUCACUGCAGUCAAUGUAUACAUACUGAUAUUUCCGUUGCCAGUUAGCAUCAAUUACUGGAAAGGAGCUUCUUUUUACAUUAUAAUAAAUUGUCUAAAGUGAUGAAAUUCUUUAACUAGCUAACUGUCAAACAGCGCUUCUGUUAUAUGAUUGUGUUGUCUUUGGAUUGAUAUGUGUUUUUUUUCCCAUUUAGAGCAGCAGAUGUAUGAUGACCAUUGUGAUAUUCGAUGUGUUUAAUACCAUUUGCCUGAUUGGGUGCUUUAACAGUUAAAGGGACUGUCCUUCAACUGGAGGACCAGGAUUAAGUCUUUUUUUUUACUGGCAAACAUUUGCUUUGCUGAUUUUUUGCAGCAGAAAACAUUAAAUCAAACAAGAAUUAGUAAACUACUACUGAUGCAUCUCUCUGCUUGCUGCUGAUUCUGUGGCCUUUGUUGCCUCCUCUCUGUCCAUGUUUCCUCCAGACUAAGCGCCCGCCCUUCCCAGUAUUGCUCCAGUAACUUCUUGGCGAGCUCUUCUAAAAAGCUUAGCGUAAACAGGAUUAGAGAGCAUUAAAAAAUCCCCUUCCCUCCAAGGGCCAUCUGCCUAUCUACCUGAGCCAGGAGCUGUCCUCUCAGCACCAUGGGACACACCUCUCUUUAGCUGCGGGACAGCAGGAAACCAGUGUGCCAUAGUGUCUUCAAAUGAUUUAUGUGCAGGCUUCUGUUAUUUUUCUGUGUCUGGAGACUUCUGAACUAUGCAAACUUGUAGGAAGCUGUUCACUGUGCUUGUACAUGACUUGAGAGGAAGUACAUACCUACUUGAUCCUUUUCCAAGUCCACGGAUUUAAACACAAUCACGGAUUUAACAUGAGCAUCGUAUCUUGGAGAUGUGUUUUCUGCUCCUUUGUAUUUAGUUUCGUGGUCAUAUUUUUGGACAUAAGGACAGAUGCAACACUGGAAGGUUCCGCUAUGGGUUACCUGAGUCUGCCUUACAGUCAGGAGCCUGUGGUGUUUCCAGCCGUCGUUCGUGUAUCUGAGGUCAGGGUAUCUCAUGAAGGUCAUCCGGCUAUCUCUCGACGGAAACGGAACAUCCUUUUCCCAAAUGGAGUGAAACUUUGUGCACAGGAGACCGCCCAGCAGGUUGUUGCAAACCAUCUGAGCUACUUCCAUCUCAGAGUGUGCCAAGAGACCAUAUGGGAGGCAUUCAAGAUCUUCUGGGACCGCUUGCCAGAGCAAGAAGAGUACCAAAGCUGGAUGAACAAGUGCCAGGAGGGGACAGUCACGGCACAAGAUAUUGGCAGCUACUUUAGCCAAUCAGAGGAGCAUCAGGCUCUGGUUCAAAAGAGAAUGUCACUGCCAAGUUCGAAAAGUGAGCCCACCAGGUCCUGGCAGCAUAUGUGCAGCAGUCCAACACCAGGCUCACCGGAAGUUGCUGAGGCUCCUGAGCUAGAAGACAUAGCUAAAGAAGAAAAGGUAGAGGAGGAAGCAGCUGCCAUCAUCCCAGAGGUGGAGGAGAGUCUACUGGACAAUGACAUUGCCGUGCAGCCUCCCACGCCCACUGUGCUGGAGCAGGUGGUGGAGCUGAGCAUCCUCCUGACUGGAGAGAUGUACAGUGACAACCUGGGCGAUCCAGCCAGCCUCCAUUACCAAACCCUCAGCAGACAGCUUGCUGAAAAGAUAGAGGAUGCUCUGGAGGGGCUUCCUGGAUUUAAGAGUGUGUCUGUGUUGGACUUCAGUCUGGGUGGCGUGGUGGUGGACUAUGCUGUCACAGUGCUGGUGGAUGGAACAGGGGUGAGCAAUGAACAGCUGGACUAUCUGACCCUGCAGUCAAACCUGGUGGAAAACUCAUACCGUGAGGUCAUGGAGCGCCCUACAUUGGUCUACACCAUCAGUGAGGUCAAAAACUUAAUCACUGAAGCCCUGCAUAAUGACGAGAGGGAGAGUGUGUCUGAGGACCCCGAGUUUGUCAAUGCUGCAGAAGAAGCGGCGAUUAAGGCUGCCGAAGAGCCACCAGAGGUCAUGAUCUUAGAAGGGGACACUGAAGAUGUCAACAUAAAUGACGUCCUUCCCGAGCCCUCUGAAACCAACACAGUGGCGACAGAAGAACAUGACGUCAUUAUUCUGGAGGACAGUGCAGUUAUGUCUCUUGCUCCUGUCCUGACGACUAGUGCACCCGAAGCUGGCAGCAUUGAGGAGGAGGGUCUGUUGCUGGAGGAUACUGUACAGACUCUUGCUACAGACCCCCCCCUACCAGAGGAGCUCCCAGCUGAGCUUACCUCCCCUGAGCUGCCAGAUGAUGCCACACUGCCUGAACCACCUGUGGAGGUCGAGGCCUCUGGUUCAGGCACAGACGACCUGGGGGUCGUGCUCCAACCACCUACACCCGCAGCAGCAGAAGAAGAAGAAGUGUCUCUUGAGGAGACUGGUUCAGAAGAUAGGCUGAUAAUAACAGAUGUCACCAUACAUGCCAAUUCCAUCCCUGAACCUGAAACACAGGAAGUUGAGGCUGCUGCAGUGGAAGAAGAACCUACCACUGCAACUCUGGAAGAGGAACAUCUGGAUGAGGUUGUUGUAGAUGAAGUACAGAUUCAAGAGGAGCUCGAGAUCUCCACAAUCGCAACUGAGACCACAGAAGAAAAAGGCCUACCUGCCCCAGUCCCACCUCCUGAUGCUGUAGAUAUAGCGAGUGAAGUAUCAGAGCCAGAGGCAGCAGAAAAGGGUCCUGUUGGUGAAGAGCUGGUGGAGGGCGCAGAAGAAGAGUCCAACCUUACAGGUGUUCCAUCUGCAGAUAAGGAAGUUAACCCCGAAGAGCCUGCAGAAGACGGAGACAUUAACGUGGUGUUGACCUAUCCAGAGGAACCCAUAUAAGAGGGUGGCAUGGAGGAAGUAACAGAGAGUGAGGGACUAGAGGUAAAGGAAAGUCCACCAGAAAUCCCAGCAGUGGAGGAAGAGGCCCCAGAUGCUCCAGAGAUUUCUACAGAGGAUCUUACAGAGGAUGAGAUCUUACUGGUCAACAACGACGGGGAACCAGAGCCUCCAGCGACAGAUUUCCUGACCCCUGCCCAACCGACCGCCCUCUCUCCAGAGAGGGAGUCGCCUUUCACCCGCAUCUCUGAUGCUGACCCUGUCUCUGAAGGGCAACCUGACAUCAUCAUCCCUUCAGUGGUGGAGAUCCAGACCCCUAACGAAGGCAUGGAUGAUGCCACCAUUGGGGACCAGGACUAUGACGUGAUUCAUUAUAGUUAUGAUUUGAUUAACCACACAGAGGACGGCAGCACUAGCUUUCCAUUUGUUGUGACACACGGCACAGACCAAGCCAGUAUCGCCAUGCCUGUGAACCCUGGACGAGCACUGAUGGUGUUCUUCAGCCUGAGGGUGACCAACAUGAUCUUCUCCGAUGACCUCUUUAACAAGAGCUCCCCAGAAUACAAAGCUUUGGAGCAACGCUUCAUAGAGCUGCUUGUGCCCUACCUGCAGUCCAACCUUACCAACUUUGAGAACCUGGAGAUCCUGAACUUCAGGAACGGGAGCAUUGUGGUCAACAGCCGGAUGAAAUUUGGCAAGCCUGUGCCGCAAAGUGUCACCACCACUGUCUAUCUGAUCCUGGAGGACUUCUGUAACACAGCUUACCAGACCAUGAACCUGGCCAUCGAUAAGUACUCACUGGACGUUGAGUCGGGGGACAAGGCAGACCCCUGUAAGUUCCAGGCCUGUAACGAGUAUGCAGAGUGUAAAGUGAACAAGUGGUCAGGGGAGGCGGAGUGUGUCUGUAAUGCUGGCUACUUCAGUGUGGACAGCCUGCCUUGUCAGAGUAUCUGUGACCUGCAGACCGACUUUUGCCUCAAUGACGGAAAAUGUGACAUCAUCCCCGGCCAGGGAGCCAUCUGCAGGUGCCGCGUUGGGGAGAACUGGUGGUACAGAGGAGAGCACUGUGAGGAGUAUGUAUCGGAGCCACUGGUGGUCGGCAUUGCGAUUGCCUCCGUGGCUGGAUUCCUGUUGGUGGCCUCGGGAGUCAUCUUCUUCCUCGCCAGGACGUUACGGGAUCAGUAUGACAAGGAUGAGUCCGAGGACCCCAUACGGCGAGCAGAGAGUCUCCCAUCUCUGGAGAGGGCAACCAAGUACAACCCCAUGUAUGAGAGCGAGGCCACCACAGGUUACAGCCACUACUACCGCCGCUAUCCGGAAGCUCCUGUGUACAGCAGUGCUGAGGCCUCCACUGACUUCAGCAGCGAGGAGAUACGACACAUCUAUGAGAACAGUGAACUGACCAAGGAGGAAAUCCAAGACAGGAUACGCAUUAUUGAGCUCUACGCUAAGGACCGGCAGUUUGCAGAUUUUGUACGGCAGCAUCAAGCCGUCUUGGAUACCCGCAUAGAGAGCUCCUCUACCCAGGCAUGAAUCUCUCCGGUGAACAACAAGAAACCUCUGCGUUAGAAAAGCGAAGCUCCCUGACAAGACGCUCCACUUGCUCACCACAGUGUUUAGAAUCUGGGCUGUUUAAGACAGCCAUGCAGCACGCUGCUCUUUACUUCACCUACCAACGGCCCCUCUCUGUGUUUGCUUAUGUCCCUGCCUGUGUGGGCAGAAGUUUUGACUGUUCGUCCCCCUUCCUUGGUGCCUUCUCUUGACUGGGUGAGCUGGCUGUGACAUCAAGGGACAUGCUUGCUGCUCAUCUACUGGACGUCUUCCUUUGGGGAAAACUGGACUGCAUCCUCUUACUUGAAAUGUUAUCAGACUCAGCCCAAUCCUCUCUGCAGUAGUACUUUUGGUUAGUGUUAUAAUCGGUUUUGUUUAAUCAUGUCAUACUAUCUGUCCAUUCAUAAAGUGAAGAACUUAAAACUGUGUAUACAUAUAUAUAUAUAUAUAUAUAUAUAUAUAUAUAUAUAUAUAUAUAUAUAGUGUUACUGUUAGGUGGUUUACCAGAUAAUAUUCUUUCUUCACUCUACAAAGCUCAAAUGUACUCUUUAGGCCUUCCCAGAGAGGCACUGAGAAAGCUUUUUUAGUCAAUGGUGCUAACUUAAUUUAAAAUACUCUUUGAAAUCUAGUGGUCUAUAUAACUAAUUUUUACAAUUUAAAAGCAACUCCAGUGAAUAAACUGUCUAUAUACUACUGAAGAUUAAAGGAAUAGUUCAAGGAAAUACACUCCCUUUCUGGCAGAGAGUUAAAUGAGAAGAUCGAUUGAACUCUCACAUCUGUCUGUUAAAUAUGAAGCUAUAGCCAGCAGCCGUUAGUUUAGCUUGACACAAAGACUGGAAACAAGGGGAAACAGCUAGCCUGACUCUGUCUAAAUCUGCCUACGUAAAUAUACAUAGACAGACAUAACGUGUUAAUCAGUUAGCUUUAGAAGUGUUAGUUAGUUAGGUGGAUUUCGUAAGUGCCAGGCUAGCUGUACUCUCGUGUUUCAAGUCUUAAGCUAAGCUAAAUGGCUGCUUUCUGUAGCCUUAUGUUUACUGUACACACAUGAAUGUGGAAUCAUUCUUUCUAUCUAAAUCCCUGCCAGAAAGCAAAUAAGCAUAUUUUCAAAAUGUCAAACUAUUCCUUUAAGGUGACCAAAUACAGUGUUAUUGUAUGUAAUAUUACUGUUCGUCAAUGUAAAAGCAGUCUUUUACAAUCUGAACAUUGUGUAACGUCAUUCCAGCUAUUUUUCCUCUGGCAGGUAAUAUUUCUGCCUUUUUAACCACUCCAUCCAUCAGAAGCUUUGGUGUAUGUUUGUGAAUGUAUGAUGUGGUAGACAUGAGAAUGUGAAAAAAGUGGGGAUGGGAGAGAAAGUCGGGGAACAUGAACCCUCUAUAGCUCUGGAAUCCAGAAAUAAGUGAAAACACGUUUCAGUGGAAAAAUGAAAGUGGCCCAGGGAUUUGAUUAAAUGUUCUGUUUUCAGAUGUCAUGUGUAAUGCAACUGAGAGAACAAUAGCACCAGGAAAAGCAAGCUGAUAAACAACACGCGUUUUUUGCAGCUGCGUCUCUUGCUGACAAAAGAUCAGCCAUUCUUUAAAAAUGAUCUGCCCGAUGACUUGGCCACUAUCCUGCUCCUCAAUCUGAAACCUUCUAACAGACUAAUUCUUCUUUGAUUUUCUGUUCCUCCCUGGACUUGUUGAGCUUGAUCCUUGUUGUCCCUUGAGUGGACCCUCACAGCUGCAGCUAAUUACGUUUAUAGGUUUUC